GGGCGCGAUGCCGCCGCCUUCGCCGCGUUGCCAGCGUUCCGUUCUGCGCUGGCGGCAGAAACGCACGUGGGCCCGACUGCGUGCGGCAGCCUUCCACCUCCUCCCGUGAUGGUACAGUCCGACGCCAGCUCGCCCCCAAAUUGCAGCGGCCGACUAUAAAAAGUGGAGGACUCGCAGAGAGUUGGCGCAAGAGGAGAGAUCUGUUGUUUCGUUCGGUGAGGAAAACUAUCUGAAACAGGACCCCCAUCACCACCACCACCACCACCACCCCCUCCUCCGCAGAGAGAUGGAGCACACCGAGGUGGUGAAGCCAGAAACGCUGGACGACCUGAUACAAACUUUGCACAAAAUCUUCGAGAGCGACAGCAUCAAUGUUGAGGAGGUCCAAGACAUUAUGGAAGCGUACGAGAGCAACCGUCAGGAGUGGAUGAAGUAUGCCAAGUUUGACCAGUACAGAUACACAAGGAACUUGGUUGACGAGGGCAAUGGGAAGUUCAAUCUCAUGAUCCUGUGCUGGGGAGAAGGCCACGGCAGCAGCAUCCACGACCACACAGACUCCCAUUGUUUCAUGAAGCUGCUGCAGGGUCAGCUGAAGGAGACGCUGUUCAACUGGCCGGAGGGUAAAUCCAAAGGAGACAUGGUCCAGAAGUCCCAGAGAAUCCUCCAGGAGAACAAGGUUGCUUACAUAAACGACUCCCUCGGCCUGCACCGCGUGGAAAACGUCAGCCACACGGAGUGCGCGGCCAGUUUGCACCUGUACAGUCCGCCUUUCCAGACCUGCCAGACUUUUGACCAGCGCACGGGGCACAGGAACACUGUGAAGAUGACCUUCACCAGCAAAUACGGGGAGAAGAUUCCAUUUGAAUCGACGGUCUCACAAGAGAACAACUAACGGUCACCAACGGAGGCCACGGGGGCGACGAAGGCGGUUACGUUUAAAAUGACAAUGUUGUGCGAUUGAUUCAAGGGGAAAACUGCUGGGGUAAGCAAAACGUGGACCUGCUAUGACUAAGCGACCCAUUUAGAAAAUCAGGAGCGGGGGCCGGUUGGAAAGGACAAACCCAGUAAUUAGAAUGGCUUUAUCGCUUGCCCAGUGGGAGCCUGGCAAAUACUGAUGAGCACAGGACGAAUGUAUGAAUAGGCUUGGACGUGGAUUGAAUCUGGCUUUUGUUGGCUGGAGACUCUUCCCCAAUAACAACAUUCCUGUUCAUCCACAAACCUGUGCAACCACACCUUUGUAAAGUUAUGGCUCAUAGUCACAGAAUAGCGCUCUAGCAUUAAAGAGAAAAAAAAGGAGGGGGGGGGGGGGGGGUUGGGGCGCGAUAUUGCUUUUAAUGUGUUUUUAGAUUUUAUAUCUCAAGAAAAAAAAAAGGUUUUGUAAUCAACAGUUUUGUUAUUGAUGGAGCACUUUCAUAGCUGUAUUUUACUGUCAAUUCUUUCCACUCAAAAUUGUCAUAACACCUGUUGAAAAUCGUAACAUUGUUUGUACAACCCGAUUACAAGAUAAUGUUUUUUUUUUCCAUUUGCAUUUGGAAGAAAGAAAAUGUAAAGCUUUUAGAGUUGUGUUGUUUUUUUAAAAAGUGCGAUGGUUGUAAUUUAUUUGCUGGAGAGAGAGUGUCUUAAAUUGGCAGGCGUCCGUGUUACUCCUAAAUGUAUUCAUACUUUGACCAAUAAGAGCCUUAUUGUCUUACUAACA